AAUAACUAUCUGAUUCGAAAAUCUCUAUCAGUCACAAAAGUAGUCAUUGUGUCCAGUUUAUAGAACAUGAUGAUGAUGCUGAUAACGUGACCAUGUGUCCGAUCCUCUUUGCAGACGUGCUGUUUUCAAACGUUCAGGACAGGAAUCAAACCAAUGAAUACAUUCAACAGCUACGAGUUUACAAUUGGUUAUCAGGUAUAGAAUAUGAAUGAUGUAUCCCUGGCAGGAACAGUUUCUUCAACAGUUCCAGAAUGAAAACCAACCACAAACGAGGGUUAGUCCCUCAGACCCAAGGGCCAGGGUUAAUCCCAAUGACCCCAGAACUAGGGUCAGUCCACCAGUUUUCUCAGGCUCUGUACCUGGUGAUGUAAGAAUGAGAAAUCCAUUGAUGAUGCACAAUCUACUUCAAGAAAUGAGGAACAUAUACCAGACAGGUAUGGUUGGUACAACAAGCAUUGCACCACAUGGACUACAGAACAGAGCUCCCCCACCAUUAUACAACAGUAUGACCAGAACAAUCACAGGCCCACAACUUAGAGGACCACCGCCAUUGUUAAAUGUUUCAACAUUGAGGCAGCCACCACCUGCUCAUUCAAAUAAACGACAGCCACCACCGCCUCAUUCAAAUAUCCAACAACCACCACCGCCUCAUUCAAACCAGCCAAGUUAUAUGGUGCAUCAUAACAUUAACCAAAUUAGACCAAACAUACCCCGUCGACACACCAGUGGAGAAACAAUCAGAUUGACAAAUCCAUUUGAAAAUGAGAUAAAUGUUCCUUGUACAAGGACUUCACCUCAUCUCUCACCAGAUAUGUUCAUAUCUCAAGCUGGCAAUACUCAAAUGUCUGCUCAAAGUAUUAGUUCUACACAACCAAAUUAUUCUACUAUACCAUCAAGUGUGACCAAUAACAAUGUGUCUCAGCGGCUACAACAAUCAAACAUAGAUCCACGGCUAGUUUCACAGCAAUCAAACAUAAAUCCACACCUAGUUUCACAGCAAUCAAAUAUAGAUCCACGGCUAGUUUCACAACAAUCAAAUGUAAAUCCACGGCUAGUUUCAGAGCAAUCAAACAUAGAUCCACGUCUAGUUUCACAGCAAUCAAACAUAGAUCCACGGCUGUUUCAUCCAUCAUUGUAUCUUCCACAUCUGUUCCCUCCAUUGGGGUUCAUACCGCCAAACUUGCCAGAAAAAAAUCUAGUCCCAAAUAUGAUGCCAAGAAUGUCACCAAAUCCAUUUACAGAAUUCAACAUUCCUCGACCACAGUUUACGAGUAAUCAGGAUCCACCAGCCAUCAACCAAACAGAACCAACCGAGGCUUCAGAUAAGUCUGUGAUGGGGAGAUGGUAUAAACUCCCUAUUUCAGAUUUGGGUUCAGAAAAGAAAGACUUGAUAGAGGAAGAAAAAGAACGUAUUCAUCGACCAUCCAAGCCAAUAUCACAUUCUAGUUUGGAAAAUGUUGUUAACAAGCUUGCUAGAAGACAUGAAACUGUUUCUCCAAUAUCAUCUGUUGCCUCUCAAUUCCCAGUAUCAAGAGAAGAACCUGUGUGUCGUCCAUCAACAGGUAAUGUCUUAUUAAGUCCUGCUACACCACAGGAUCAACACCAAGGUCAAUCACUGGACACAAUAACACAUGAAGGUCAUUCGAUUGACACAAUAAGACCUGAAGGUGAAUCAGUGGACAUGUUAACACACGAAGGUCAAACAGUUGAAGCAAUUAGACACGAAGGUCAUUCAAUUGACACAAUACAACCUGAAGGUCAAUCAGUUGACACAAUAAAACACCAAGAUAUUUGUUCUGAUGUAAGUGCUUAUCAAAAUUCUAAAACAGAAGAAGGAACAGAUAGUUACUCUAUCCAAAACAACAAAGAGGAAAUAUUUGAUGAUAUUGGAUUAUACAUAGUAAACACUUAUAGCCUAGCUGGCAAUGAUGUCACUUCUAAAACAGAAAACAACCGUGAAAAUACCGAGUCAUCAGUACAGAAUCAACCAGCUCAAAAGAAAAUACCACCACUCAAAAUUAAGCUGCCAUUUAGAAAGAGCCCAAAGAAAAAGAGAUUUGGUAAUUCCAAGAAAUCAAAAUUUGUCAGUCCUAUUAAAUUAGUUCUCAACAAAAAUAACAAAAAACAAAUUGAAAUUAGGAAACCCAAAGCCUUAAUGUUUGACCAAUCUAAUUCUAGUGAAAUAAAUGCUAAUAGCUCUACAACAAAAGCUAUUGAAGACAAAAAACAAAUAGAAAUUAGGAAGCCAAAGGCAUUAAUGUUUGACCAAUCAAAUUCUAGUGAAAGGAAAGCUAGUAGCUCUACAACAAAUGCUAUUGAAGAGAAUGGUGCCAGUGACAAUUCAAUAUCUGCAACACUGGAUCAAAAUGAUUCUAAUGGAAAAUCUUUAGGUGACGUUGUUGAAAAAGUAAAACAGAAAAGGCAGCGAAGAAGAUCAGCAGUAUUGAUCGAUCAAACGGGAAAAGUUCUAAGUUCUGAAGAAAACCUACAAGUGAAAACAACAGAAAAAACAGAAACUGUCAUUGAAAAUAAUAAUCAGGAAAAGAAGGAGUUGAAAAAUACUGAAAAUGUUAUUGAGAAUAGAAAGCAGGAAAAGAAAGUGUCAGAAAAUACUGAAAAUGUUAUUUCUGGUAGUGAAAAUAUUGAUGAACUAAUGCUACCAUCCUCUGAAAACAUAGUAUCUAGUGAACAAAAUGCACCUUCCUUGAAAGAACAAAAAAAUUCAGACAGUUUAAGCAGGGAAGAAAGAAAUAGGGAAUUAAUUGAAAAGAACUGGGUUCACAUUGAAGCAAAACUCAAAUUAGUGGAAAAAAAUCUGAAGAACAAAAGUCCUCAAAAGAAACAACCAUUGCCAUUAGAAACGAAGGCUGUUGAGAAAACGUCAAGUUUGAAAAGGAAAUCAAAUGAAAUGAAAUCUGAUGAUAGUAAUAAUGAACCUGUUACUAAGAAAAAGUCUCCGUUGAAAGAAAAAUUGUUCAAGUCACCUUUAAAAAAGACAAAAAGUCCCAAAAUCACUAAAACUCCAAACAAUAAUACAGAAGAAGUCAAGGCUCCUCAAUCUAGCCAAACAUGCUCAAGCGUAAGUUCUAAAUCAAAAUCUGAAGAAAGAAGUUUGACACCAAAAUCAGGAAAAGGAAAAAGGGGAGGUAAAUCUAAAAAGGAGACCCCUGAAAAAGACGAUAACAGCUCAGUUGACAUUAGUGGGAAUCCUAGUAAAAGACGUAAAUUAAGUGACACAAUUGAGAAAUGUGUGUCUGAAACAAAACUUUCUCCCACUUCCACCUGUUCUGGUUCUGUUGAGGAAAGAUCCACUGGUGAUGUGGUAGUUGUUGGAGAAGAUAGAACAAGUGAUAUUUCAAACGAACAAACAAAGGAUACAACUGAGUUAAUUUCAUCUAUAACUUAUCCAUCAUUUUUCAUUACAUUUCAUGGUAAAAGAGUUUUAUGUCUGAAUUCCUCAGCUGGCAAACUUUUAUUGAUGAGAGAAAUUUUGAGAAGGAAUUUUAAAGAAGUUGUAAAUAAAAAAUCACAGAAUGAUAACGACAUGCAAAAGCAAUAUAAAACUGUUUAUUUGGCAAAGGAAAGAGACUUGAAAAUAUGUUACAAAGAAAUCCCAGAGGAGCAUAAAAACUUAGCUGUUAAAUAUUUAAAAGCAGAAAAAUUGUUGAAAACACAGAAAAUACCAGCACAUCUGGGAGUAAUAACUCUUGAAAAUGCAUUGAGAUUGUACCAUUAUAUGAAUGGUACAAAAACUUGUUCAAUGAAAUGUUUAGAAAUGUGGUCCCCAAAGGAAUCAGAUAUAAUAUUAGGAAAUUCAGAAAAAGAAUCACCAGAUAGACUUUCUGUUCCGAACAAUCCCAACAAAUCAAAAGAAAUAAAAAACAAAAGCAAGAAAAACAAAAGUGGGUAUGAUAGUGAUGAAACCAUGAUUUAUGAAGAUGAAAGUGCUCCACCCUCCCUAAAUCAAAACGAAGAUGAAGAAAAUAAUGACAGCAGUAGAUUGGUGUUACGAGGAGGGGUGGCUGAAUGCUACCAGGCAUACUUCAGAUAUAUUGUUGUCGAAGGGGAAAAAUUUUAUCCAUACGAGGACUUGUUAUUAAAAUUUGGCAAAAUAGCCUUAACACGUGCAUUACAGAGUAAACUUCCAGAAAAGUUUCUGGCUUAUAAAUGUAGUGAGGUAGAGGCCGACUUCCUUAAUAAAUUGGAGGAUGUGUUACCCACUUUAAGUAUAGAAGCAACUCUGUUAGAAGAAUCUCUAUUUCAGAAAGUGGCGAGUACUGUAGAAAGUAGUACUAUACAUGGGGAAGUGGUUGAUUUAACUGCUGAGGACAUGGCUAAUGAAUCUAGAAUGGACAUAGAUGAUAUAAAUAUAUCUCAAGACGAUUCUAUUAUCGAAAUCAGCUUUAACUCACCAGAAUCCCCUUUACAGUGUGAAGAAACAAAACUUUUCAGCUGUACUGAUGUUAGUGGCAAUAUUGACAGUAAUGUAGAACCUAUGAACAAUGAUAUUCUGACUGAAAUUCCUCAACUUUAUGAAAGUCCUCCCACAGACAACAUAUGUAAUGAAAUGAGUAGUACUGUUGACAGUAAAGAAGAACCUAUGAAUAAUGAUAUUCCAACUGAAACUCCACAACCUGACACAAGUCUGUCAAUAAAAGACACAUGUCUUCAAAGAACAGACACUACUUCAACUGAAACUCCACAACCUGACCAAACUCCUCCAAUAGAAGACAAGUGUCUUCAAAGAACAGACACAACACUAAAUCAAACUGAAAAGACUGUAGAAAGAGCUGUUUGUGAUUCCACAACAGAUGGUUCUAAUACAACAGAGGAAAAUAACAAUGAUGGCAAUUCACCAAGUGUAAUGAUUGGGAACACAGACUUAGCUGCUAUGUUAGCAGAACUUGAAAGUGAAUUUGGUAGUUCAUCUGAUAUUGACGGGGCAACAAAUAUCUCUGCUGGAUCUGCUCUAGAGUUUAUGACAGAGUCGUUUAGCAAUUCCAGAAAUAUGAUGGAGACAUUACUGAAUAUUUGGAAACAUGGUGUGUGUAGUAGCUAUACAAAGAUCUCUUCAUUGCAAGCAGAAAUGAAUGAUUUGAAAGCUGGAACCAACAAGGUUUUGUCUACAUGUGAAAAGUAUCAAGGUCUGAUAAACAAAAUUAAAGAGAAAAUAGAAGGGAAAAAAGAAAAUGAAGCUGGUGAUAAAGUAUAGACCAAACAGGAGAAGACCAGUUAACACAGAAUGUGAAAGACAUUCCUCCUAUAUCAACAGUAUUAUUAACCUCUCUUAAAUAUUUCACUGAUCUUAUAGGUAAAUUUGAAAAAAAUGUUACCUUAGGUCAUAUGAACUGUGCUAAAUAUUUUUUUAGAACAUUUUACAAUAUCAUCAAUAAUGCAUUUUAUGGUGGGCUAUGGUGUCCAUUGUAUUGCCAAUAUUUCAUUGUUUUGGCAUAUUUUGUCAAGUUGAGCUGUACCAUACAUUAUAAUCAUUUGCCAAACAAUUUACUUGUGUUCAUGACUUUGUAAUAUGUAAUGUAACAACUGAUGUGUAAAUAUUUAGUAGUGUGUAUUUAACAUUUAGGGUAGUGUAUUGAAUUGUAUUAGGGACGUGUGUAAAUAUGUAAUAUAUCGGCUCAGUGUGUAAAUAUGUAGGGUAAUUAGCAUUUAGUGUAAUGUAGUGUAUUAGGGAAGUGUGUAAAUAUUUAGGGCGAUAAACAUUUAGUGUAAUGUAGUGUAUAAGAAAAGUGUGUAAAUAUGUAGUGUAAUUAGCAAAUAGUAAAAUGUUAUGUAUUAGUGCAGUGUUUAAAUACGUUAUGUAUUACCAUAAUAUGUAGACGUGUAGUGUUAUCAUAUAGUGAAAUGCAGGGAAAUGUAUAAAUAUGGUUUAUACUAUUCAAAUAUAUGUGCUAUAUUAGAUCAGUGGGUAAAAAUGGUUAGUCAAAUGUUAGUAAUUUCUAUUGAAAAAAGUACAUUGAAAUAAUUUGAAAAUACAUUGAGCAUGUAAAUUGUGGGAGCAAAAAAAUGCUUAAAUAAUUUUUCUUUAAUUUUAUAGGCAAAAUUAAAGUAAAUAAAAAAAUUCUUUACUUCACUAUAACAUUAAUGGUAGAGGUAACUUGAUGGUAUUGAUUAAACUCGUAUAUUUGUUUGAUUUUAGUUUCUGAGGUUCAAUAUAAAGGGGAGAAAAAUAUAUCAGUAUUUUUUCGUUGAUUCCAAGGGUUCAAAGUUAAAUUUAAAAUUACCAAAAAUAUACAUUAAUUUGUGAAUGUAAAUAACUUAUGUAGGGAUAGUAUAUA